AUGGGGUCUUUGAAGCCUACUAGUAUCCUGAUCUUUGGAGCGACUGGCCAAAUUGGCCGGUACAUAACCGACCAAAUCCUGGCAGCACAACCCUCCUUUGCGCACGUUGCCAUCUUUACAUCGACGGAAACGGUGACAAGCAAAGCAGACUACAUCAGCAAAUUGCAGUCAGAGGGCGUUAAGAUCAUCACGGGAGAUGUCAACAACGAGGGCGACAUUAAACGCGCUUACGACGGUGUAGACACGGUGGUUAGCGCGGUCGGACGAAAUGUCUUGGAAACCCAGAUUGAAUUGCUUCGAAUUGCCGAAGAAUCCUCCUCCGUGAAGUGGUUUUUCCCUUCCGAGUACGGCACCGACAUCGAAUAUAGCCCUAAGAGUGCGGAUGAGAAACCUCACCAGCUUAAGCUCAAGGUUCGACGGUAUAUCCGAGAGUAUAUUAAGAAGCUCAAGUACACCUUCGUUGUCACAGGUCCAUACAUCGACAUGUUCUUCAACUUGUCGCCAGCUGCACCGGAAGCUGGAGGCUUCGACGUGGAUAACAAGCGUGCUAUCUUGGUAGAGGACGGAGAAGGCCGGGUCGGCUUUACCACAAUGCCAGAUGUUGGCAAAUCGGUCGUGGCGGCCCUGCACCAUCCCGAAGCAUCGUCCAACAAGGCGCUCAAGGUUCAAUCCUUCGUCGUCACGCCCAAGGAGAUCUUGGCCGAGUUCGAGAAGCGGACUGGCGAGCAGUGGAGUGUUUCUUACUCGUCGCUCCAGGGAUUGAAGGAUGCAGAAGCAAAGGCUUGGGCCGAAGGCAAGGGAAGCGCGACGAGCUAUACAUUACGGCGGAUUUGGGCGGAGGGCGGGACUCUUUAUGAGAAGUCGGACAAUGAUGUGAUUGGUUUGAAGGAUUCGGAAUUGGAAACUCUCGAAGAUGCAGUCCGCCGAGGGCUCACGACGGGUUACUAG